AUGGCUUCGAGUAGCAGGCGUUUUUUGUCUCCUCAAGACAUUGCUAGAAGUGUAGACGAACCUCUCACUGAUUCCGAAAGUAGCGUGUUCGAUUCAGAUGAUGAAUCAAGUGUAAUCGAUGAUUUACCUGUUCGUGAAUUUCUUACAUGUGACGAAUCUGAAAAUGAAUACAAUGACGGUGAACAAAGUGGGAGCAGUUUACCGAGUGUGGCACGUCCUACUGCUUUUACAUGGGAGAACAUGGACAACUAUGUAGGGCAAAGAGAACAAUUUGUCGGCAAUUGUGGGCCUCAAAAUGAAGUGAAAAGUGUGACUGAAUCUGUGAAUGUGUUCAAACUCUUUUUCACUCACGAGCUGAUAUCUCUAAUCGUGCGUGAAACAAAUCGCUAUGCAGAGCAAUGCAUAAAUUCCAGGAGCCUUCCUAUACCAUUUCGAUCAAGGAUGAGAGAAUGGAAACCUCUCUCUGAUGAUGAAAUGUACGUUGUUUUGGCACUUUUCAUGUUGAUAGGAAUAGUCCAGAAGCCUACACUGAGGUCUUAUUUUUCAAAAAAUUCUCUUUUGGCAACACCUGUCUUUGGCUCUGUUAUUUCUAUGGACAGAUUUGAAUCUGUCUGCAAAUUUAUUCACUUUACUAACAAUGACAGCAAAGACACAUACCAGGGCCCUCCAAAGCUUUUCAAAAUAUAUCCUGUUAUUUCCUAUCUGAACAAAAAAUUUCAAAAUUUGUACAUACCAGGUCAGAAUAUUUCAAUAGAUGAGUCACUGACUCUAUGGAAAGGAAGACUGUCAUUCAAGCAGUAUAUUCCACUAAAAUCGUCAAAAUUUGGGAUCAAGACGUAUGAGCUUUGCGAGUCCAAUUCGGGAUAUUUGUGGUCUUUCAUCAUUUACACAGGAAAGGACACAGUUUUCACGUCAUCAUUGAUAUCAGAGGACACAAACAAAGCAUCAGCCAUUGUGUUAUCUCUAGCGGAGCCAUUAUUGGGUAGGGGACAUACAUUGUGGAUGGACAACUUCUACAAUGCACCUGCACUAGCUCGGAUACUGAAAUCAUUGAAGACUGACUGUGUUGGUACUCUCCGAAUAAAUAGGAAAGAUGUUCCUCUAGCUGUCAAAGACAAGAAACUAAAGAAGGGGGAGCUAAUAGCUCAACAUUCCGGCCCUGUAUCUGUCCUAAAGUGGAGCGACAAGAAGAAUGUUACCAUGAUUUCAACAUACCAUGGUGAUGAUACACAAAAAGUGAAGACCAAGGGUGGGCAGGAAAGGGAAAAGCCUGCGUCAGUCCUGGACUAUAACAAAAACAUGAUAGGGGUUGAUCUGAAAGAUCAGCUCCUACAGAAUUACCUUUUGGAAAGAAAGAAAAUGACCAAGUGUUAA